UGAUUGGAGCCGGGAAGCAUAGAUACAAUAUUCUAUUUAGGGAUGGGGUCGUUUGCUCAUCGAUUUAGGGUUUCGUUUCAAGGUUUCUAUAUAAAAUCCUCCAUUUCGUGAUCCGCCGUUGGCCAGCGGAGAGCAAGAAAAAUCGGAGGCUGCGGCACCAACCCUUCCGCUCGACGGAGACCUCUGCAACCAGGCAUCAUGGUGAAAUACUCGAAAGAGCCAUCCAACCCUACCAAGUCUACGAAGGCGAUGGGGCGGGACCUCAGGGUUCAUUUCAAGAAUACCAGAGAAACCGCCCAUGCCCUCCGAAAGCUGCCCUUGGCUAAGGCUAAGCGGUAUCUGGAGGAUGUAAUGGCCCACAAGCAAGCUAUCCCUUUUCGCAGGUACUGCGGCGGGGGGGGCACCGCCCAAGCCAAGGCCCGCCAUUCCAACGGGCAGGGUCGCUGGCCUGUAAAAUCCGCCAGGUUCAUAUUGGAUUUGCUUAAAAAUGCUGAGAGCAAUGCUGUUGUCAAAGGCCUGGAUGUGGAUGCCCUCUACAUUUCUCACAUUCAGGUCAACCAAGCACAGAAGCAGAGGCGCCGGACUUACCGUGCUCACGGCCGAAUUAACCCUUAUAUGUCUUCCCCCUGCCACAUUGAACUGAUCUUGUCUGAGAAGGAAGAGCCAGUGAAGAAAGAGCCGGAGACUCAGAUUGCCGCGAGAAAGCCAAAAAAAGCUCAGGUUUUGCGUAGUGGUGCAUCUUCUUAAAUCGGGGCCUGCCUGAAUUGACUAGUUUUUGGAGGUUUCGGUAAUUUUAUUUUAUUUUCUUGUAGCGCAUCUAUUUCUCCUUGUUAUCUGCCAAAACAAACAAUAUAUCUAUAUAUAUAUA